UAAUAUAAGUUCUCAUCUCUGGUUAGACUGGAAGAAAACAGAAAUGUCAAAUUACGACUGCUGUCCGUGUUCCGUGGUGGACACUUUUUUAUUGGUGAAAGCGGAGUGAAACCAAUUGAAACUGAUACGUUUCCUGGGAAUUUCUCCCGUGAUUGAUGACUGUUAUUUAUAUGAAUUCAAUCAAACACCGCAUUUCUAACCAACCAAAUAAAACAUAACAAAAUACAAUUUUUUAAGUGGAAGAAUGAAAUACGUUUAAAUUGACAUGAAAAUGUGCAUCGACAUAGUUUGGCAGCGCAGAAGAAAAUUAAGGUUAUGAAAUGAUGAAAACUGAAUUUACAGAGAAUGGUGUGAUUUUCAGGUUAAAAUAGUAUGAGACCACACAUACAUUGGCUACAAGUUUUCCUCUUAUUAAUAAAUUCCGUCAUCAUUGGAAUUGGCGACCAAGACGUAAUUAACUUUAUCAAAAACCAAGCUAAAUUUAACGAUUCUCUACUAUCUGGACCUUGCUAUUAUGAAUCCAGUAAUUCCAAUUGGUCUUCAUGUAACUCGACGAACAACUUGCAAGAGAUUAAAGUGCAGUUCUCGAGCACUAUCGUGAAAAAUGAAUAUAUUGUCACAUUCAAAGGUUAUUACAAACCGCAAACACGUGAAAAUUAUAUUACAGCUGCUUUAAAUUCGUCUGGAAUCAAAAAUUGGAAAAUUUUCUCUCGAGAUAAUCUCGCAAGUGAAUUUCCAAGUGAUUUUGAUGUUGUACUUUUGGAGGAAACUGAUAAACGCUCUGGACUUAAUGCUCUCACCGAUCAUCCCCUUGUGCGGAGAGUUACACCACAAAGACUUGUACGUAGAACUUUGAAAUUUGUGGACGCAACGGAAGAUGGAGAUCUUGAAUACAAGAGUUUUAAAAGAAAAAUCAAAAGCUACAAAUUUCAAAACUCUCAGUCACGGCAGACACAAUCUCGCCAUGCAUCUCGAAGAUUGUUACGGGCAAUACCGCGUCAGAUUACGAGUAUUCUUCAAGCCGAUAUUCUGUGGGGAAUGGGAGUUACAGGGCGUGGAAUUAAGGUAGCAGUUUUUGAUACAGGACUAGCCGCUAGUCACCCACAUUUCAAAAAAAUCAAGGAACGUACCAACUGGACCAACGAAAAAACAUUAGAAGAUGGUCUCGGCCAUGGAACUUUUGUAGCCGGUGUCAUCGCUUCAUCUUCCAGAGAAUGUUUUGGACUCGCUCCCGAUGCAGAACUUUACGUUUUUCGUGUUUUCACCAAUUCUCAGGUUUCCUACACAUCGUGGUUCCUUGAUGCCUUUAACUACGCUAUACUUGCCAAAGUGACAGUAUUGAAUCUCAGCAUUGGAGGUCCAGACUUUAUGGACCAUCCGUUUGUUGAUAAAGUUUGGGAACUUACUGCUAAUGGCGUUAUUAUGGUAUCUGCUAUUGGUAACGAUGGUCCACUAUAUGGUACUUUAAACAAUCCCGCCGAUCAGAUGGAUGUAAUCGGUGUCGGUGGUAUUAACUGGGAGGAUCAAAUAGCUCGAUUCUCGUCACGCGGUAUGACUACUUGGGAAUUACCAUACGGUUAUGGGCGGGUUAAGCCUGAUUUAGUAACAUAUGGUUCAGGAGUACGAGGAUCAGCUCUCAAGAGUGGUUGUAGAACACUAUCGGGCACUUCAGUGGCUAGUCCUGUUGUCGCGGGAGCUGUGGCACUUUUAGCCAGUGGUUUUCUUGGCUCUGAUGAAUCAUCAAAACUUGAUGAAAAGAUAACACCGGCAAGCAUGAAACAAGCUCUGCUAGGAUCAGCACGACGAUUACCAGGAGUUGGUAUGUUUGAACAAGGUGCAGGUCGCUUAGAUCUUUUGCGUGCUUUUAAUUAUUUGCGAUCCUACACACCUACUGCUACGUUAAGUCCCAGUUACGUAGAUUUAACGGAAUGCCAGUACAUGUGGCCAUAUUGCACUCAAGCCAUUUAUCACACGGGAAUGCCAACGAUUAUUAAUGUUACUAUAUUGAAUGGCUUGGGAGUGUCUGGUCAUGUUGCGGAUUUAAAAUGGCAUCCAUACACUCAUGACGGAAACGGAGAAAAAAUUGAUGUUUCGCUGACCCAUUGUGACGUCCUCUGGCCAUGGUCAGGUUGGCUCGCAGUUGCGAUUACAGUUCCAGCGACAGCUAGAGACUGGAAUGGCAUCGCUCGAGGACACAUUUCUCUGACAAUCGAAUCCCCACCCAGUGCUGGAGAGAAUGAACCACGGCGAUCAACUGUUGAGUUAUCUUUAAAAACAAAAGUUAUACCAACACCACCUCGGCAUAAGCGAAUAUUAUGGGAUCAGUUCCACAAUUUACGUUAUCCACCAGGCUACUUUCCCAGAGAUGAUUUAAGGGCUAAAAAUGACCCUCUUGAUUGGAAUGGAGAUCAUAUUCAUACAAAUUUCAAGGAUAUGUACCAACAUUUACGAAAUGCUGGAUAUUAUUUAGAAGUAUUAGGAACCCCUUUUACUUGUUUCAGUGCAAAAAAUUAUGGAACUUUACUUAUUGUUGAUAGCGAAGAAGAGUUUUUCCCACAAGAGGUAGCGAAAUUGAAAAAGGACGUGGAAGAAGAGGGCUUAUCAGUAGUCGUAUUUGCUGAUUGGUAUAAUGUGACUGUAAUGAAAAAAGUAAAAUUUUAUGAUGAAAAUACACGACAAUGGUGGGUACCGGAUACAGGAGGUGCCAACGUACCAGCUUUAAAUGACUUGCUUUAUCCAAAUUGGGGUAUAGCAUUCAGCAGUGAUGUGCGGGAUGGACAGUUUGUUUUAGGACAGCAUCCACCAGUUAUAUAUGCUUCUGGAACUACAAUAUCUCGGUUUCCUCAAGAAGGUUUCCUUCUACAUGCCGAGUUGCGUGAUCAAGGCCAAGAACUGUUGUCCGAAACACCAGUUAAAUCUACUACACUUUCACCAAUAAUGGGUUUACUGCAAACAAAGAGUCCUAACUUGAACAAAAAAGUUGAUAAUACUCAAAAUGAUCAAAUAAACGAUAUCGACAAUAUUGAAAACGAUGGCGAUGACGAUGACAAAUCUAGCAUUGUUGCUGGUAGAUUAGUAGUUUAUGGAGAUUCAAAUUGUAUUGAUGACAGUCACUUACAGAAACCGAGUUUCUGGAUGCUGGAUGCGAUUUUAGAGUAUGCAACCACCGGCCGCAUACCCUCAAUUUUCGUCGAGGAAGAAAGUCGUCACAAAACAGCAAAACGAGAUUCUUCUGUCCUGGAAAAAUUACCGAAACGAAUGGAAAACAGUCAUUUGAGUCAGCACAGUAAAGUAGUGGAAAGCCAAUCUGCUGAAAAAGAACGAUUUCGUCCUUUGAUGUCGUGUCCAACUGUACCUCUUGCUACACCUAAUCCACUUAAUGAAACAGCUCCCGUAAAUUCCUAUAAAUCGCAAAAAUUACUGUCAGUAGGCGAGUCGCUGGUCGCAAUGGUUCCUUUGGCACAAAAUUCAAAACCUUCUUGGAUUAGGAGACGAGGUGGUGGAUUAAUUAGUGAUACGGUGGACCAAAUGGAUUCCUACAAUAUAGUUCAAGACACAGCAGUAGACGAUAAAGAGUCUGAAGAAUGGUUCAAUACGAGACUGAAAAGUUACGCUCUUAUAACAGUUUUGGUGUUUGGAAUUUUAUUUUUUAUAGUUAAUCGCUGGGGUUUAUGCGGUACAAAACGUGUCCGAAGAAAGCGAACUAUUGGUAGGUUACGUAGAGUGAUCCAAGCAAUUACUAUACGUAAAGUGACUCAGAUGUAGCUAGUAACUUCCAAUAUAAAGACUGCUGUCUAGAACUGUUGCAAUAUAUAGGUGCAAAUUCAUAUUAUGUGCCUUGGCCUCUAAAGGUACAUUGUAAUAAAUUUGAAUCAUUUAGCCAA